AUGGAUCCAGUAGCUGGUGUGCCUAAUUUCUUUGACAAGGACAAACUCUUUACAUAUCGACGGUGUGCCAUUUUUGAUAACAAAGCCGAAGACAUUUCCGGAGUGUUGGAAGGCUGUAUUGCUUUCAUUGACCAAGCCAAGUACUAUGGUCGGAUCCUUGUUCACUGCAAUAAAGGCAUAAGUCGCUCGUCGUCCAUGGUCAUAGCGUACCUUAUGAAGCUGCGUUCGAUGAGCUUUGAGCAAGCAUUGGCCUUUGUGAUAGAACGACGUUCGAUUGCCAAGCCCAAUGAGAGCUUUUGUUGCCAAUUGCAAGAGUAUGGACGUCGUCUUUAUCGAAGUACACCCAAGGAGAAAAGUGCACGAGCUGUUCGUGGGCCUGUUGGUCCUCAACUGCCUCCUAUUGAAGAAAGUAGUCAAAACUGGGCUGCUGCGAUAGGACCACAACUACCAUUACAUCUGAUGCGAGCUCAAGAAGAUGACAAAGUCGUGGAGAAUAUCAACGCUGCAAUGCUGGAGGACAAGGAGAAGAUAAGCAGUGGGCCGAACCUUCUUCCAAACCUAAAACGCGAACGAGUGCAGUUGACCGAAGUGAUUGGAGGCGACACGACAUCUACAAAGAAAAAGAAAAUGAAGUGCAGUGACUAG